AUGUCCAAGCCUGGCCCAAGAGAGAAGCUUGGAGCCAAGGGAAUGGCCCCUGGGACCCAGAAGACUCCAUCCCAGAAUGAAGCUUCAAAAGACAUUAGUAGUUUUGGGGAUGAUAGCACCACACUCUUGACUCAUACUGGGCUCGUAGUCUACUCUGAUCUGUUUCAGAGGAAAUGCAGUCGAACCACUCUCUAUCUUGUACUUGGGAAGAAAUGUGUGACAUUCAAGGAUGUUGCUGUGUUCUUCAGCCGGGAGGAGUGGUGCUCCCUGAACCCUUCACAGCGGGAGCUGUACAAGGAGGUCAUGCUGGAGAUCUCUCAGAACCUACUCUCUCUGGGGAACUCAAUCCUUGGGGACCACCAUCUGAUACCUCCUAGCAUAUCCCCCCUUCCCUUAAAAGGAGUGAAUUUAGAGGUUUCUGUGUCCCUUUGUUAUUUACCACGAUCAGGUCUUCCAGUUCCCAAAACAGAUUGGAUCUCAAAGUUGGACCAAGGAGAAGCACCAUGGCUGCCGGAACAUGAAGACUCUGGGAACUCCGGCCUAGAUGGAAAGAAUAGACCUAAAACCCAGAAGUCUACUCCAAAGCCGAAUAGUUCCUGUGACUUUAAUUUGAGAAAAAUCAAGGGUAGUGAAAAUAACUCAGAGAAGAAGCAAGGCGACUUGAAGAGUCAUUCCAAAAAAUUAAAUAUUAUCAUCAGGAAAACUCUUCGAGAAAAAAAAGAUGAUGAUGAUAAGUCGGAGAGUAAUUGUAAUCCACAGUCGACCAAUGAGGGUAAUCAACUUGAGGGGAAGCCAGAUCUUACUAAAGAUCAGAAAAAUCCAAGUGUCAAAAAGCCUUACAAAUGUAACGAAUGUGGGAAGACUUUCAGUCGAAUCUCAUACUUUAAUGGACACAAGAGGAUUCAUAAUCCAGAUAGAUUUUACAUUUGUAAUCAUUGUGGGAAAAAGUUCUCAAGACCCUACAAACUUGCCGUACAUCAAAGGGUACAUACUGGAGAGAAGCCUUAUAAGUGUGAUGAAUGUGGGAAGUCCUUCUCCCAGACUUCAUCCCUUACUCUGCAUCAGAAGAUUCAUAGUGGGGAGAAGCCUCAUAAAUGUAACGAAUGUGGGAAUACCUUCAGCCAGCGCUCAACACUCACUGCACAUCAGAAAAGACAUACCGGAGAGAAGCCCUAUGAGUGUGGUCAGUGUGGGAAGGCUUUCAGCCGGAGCUCGAGUCUUAGUGUCCAUAAGAGGAGCCACACGGGGGAGAAGCCCUAUGAAUGUACCGAGUGUGGAAAGGCCUUCAGCCAAACCUCAUCCCUUAUUGUGCACAAGAAGAUUCAUACUGGAGAGAAGCCCUAUAAAUGCAACGUAUGUCAGAUGGCCUUCAGGGAAAGCUCAGCCCUUCAUGUACACAAGAGGUUACAUACUGGCGAGAAGCCCUAUCAGUGUAAUUACUGUGGAAAAGCCUUCAGUCAAUCCUGCAGCCUUGCUGUACAUAAGAGAAUACACACCGGAGAAAAGCCUUAUAAAUGUAAUGAGUGUGGGAAGGCCUUCUGUGAGAGCUCAUCUCUUAGUACACAUCGGAAAAUUCACACCGGAGAAAAACCCUACAAAUGCAAGGAAUGCGGGAAGUCUUAUUGCCAAAGCUCGACGCUCAGUGCUCAUCAGAAGAUUCACACCGGGGAGAAAUCUCACAAAUGUCAUCAAUGUACAAAAACUUUCGUAAAGCCCUCCCAACUUGCAGCUCAUCAGAGAAUUCAUACUGGAGAGAGACCCUAUAAAUGUGACCAGUGUGGCAAGACCUUCGGCCACACUAAAACCCUUCAUGCCCACCAGAAGAUUCAUGUUGAGGAAAAACUUUAUAAAUGUGAUCAGUGUGAAAAGUCCUUCCAGUGCAGUUCAUACCUCGCUGUGCACAAGAAGAUUCAUACUGGGGAGAAACCUCAUCAGUGCAACGAGUGUGGAAAAACUUUCAGACAAAACAUAUCUCUUAUAGUACAUCAGCGGAUUCAUACUGGAGAGAAACCCUAUAAAUGUAAUCAAUGUGAAAAGUCCUUUCACGGCAGCUCGUACCUGGCUAUCCAUAAGAAGAUUCAUACUGGAGAGAGACCUCACCCGUGUGAUCAGUGUGGAAAGGCUUUCAGAACCAACUUGAACCUCAUUGUGCACCAGAGGAUUCAUACUGGAGAGAAACCAUAUCAGUGUAAUGAAUGUGGGAAGUUCUUCACCCAGAGCUCCAACCUUGCCGUACAUCAGAGAAGUCACACUGGAACCAAACCUUCUGAAUCUAAUUAAUGUAUGAAUCAAGGACUUGAUGACACAGAAAAUUCAUGUGAAUGUAAUUUUUUUUCUCCUCUUCUAUCAGUGAAGAAAGGAGGAAAAAGCAGAUGGGACUUUAUAUUUCCUGUAAUUUUAUGUAAAGAUAUAUAGGAAGGGACAAAGGGAGAGAGCAUAAGAUGAUCUGUACUUUUAACAGGACAAAGGAGGGUUGAACACAUACACACACACACAACUUUGUUCUAGGAAUAAAUCAGACUCAAAUCAAUAAGCAGGGAUGAAGAGUAGAGUUAAUGUGGAGAAUAAUCAAAAGCACAAUGAAUGUUCACUUGAGGGAAGUGAACACUGAAGGGGAUAUUAAAAGUUAAAAAAGAAAUCAAAGAAAUGAUAUAAAGAGGGCCCCAUUAUUUGGAUAAUGAGUAGGUAAGGCAGUGGAGACAGUGUGGAGUCUGGAGCUGGAAAGAUCUGAGUUUAAAAAUGGCCUUAGAUACUUAAUAGCUAGAUUACUCAGAGCAAAUCACUGAAUUACUUACUGUCUGCCUCUAUUUCCUCAUAUGUAAAAUGGAAUUAAUAAUAACAUCUCUUUUUUCAGGGUCAUUAUGAAGA